AUGCAGUGGCUUAUCACAGGGUGUUCCUCGGGACUCGGUCUCCACCUUGCCCGUAUGGUCCUUUCAGCUGGCCAUAAAUGUAUUGCUACUUCACGCAAUCCCGACGCAACUCCAGAAUACGUCGUAGAAAUAGAAAAGCUAGGGGGUAUAUGGGUACCACUCGACGUUUCGAGCAACAACUUGGAGAACUUGAUCCAGGAAAUCACGGAGAAACAUGGGUUUAUUGAUGUGCUGGUGAAUAACGCUGGCUUUGGUGAUGGUGGACCGCUCGAGACAUACAGUACCGAGGCUGCAAGGUCAAUAAUGGAGGUGAACUUUUUCGGUCCAAUGCGGCUGAUGAAGGCGUUGAUUCCUCAUAUGAGAGAACGAAAACAAGGUGUCAUUGUCAAUGUCACAAGCGCAGUGUUCUGGGCGGCACACCCUGGAGUUGGAAUGUACGCUGCGUCUAAAUUUGCAUUGGAAGGACUAUCGGAAUCCCUCUCCGGCGAGUUGGCUCCGUUUGGCAUUAGAGUGAUCAUAGCAGAGCCGGGCGAGAUGAGAACAAAGUUUGUUGAUACAGACAAAGUUUCGCAUGUUCACGUACCGGAAGCGUACAAGGCUACUCCUGCCGAAUUCGUGCUGAACUUCAUUACCCAACGUGAUGGCAAACAGGACAUAGAUCCGGAACGAGUGGCAAAUGCAAUUGUUCAGCAAGUCGUUAGCUCGCCGAAUCCAGAUCCACCACUGAGGCUCCCCCUAGGUACUGAAUGUCUGGAACUUCUGAUUACCAAGACCAGUACUCUGUCAAAGUUAGCGGAUGCUUCCAUUUCACUAGCGAAGGACUGUGACUUUCCCAAGAACUAG